AUCAUGAAAGAUGAGCCAGAAGAGGCGAAGCUAAUUUUGCAUGAUGCUCUUCAUCUUGCCUAUAAGAGUGAUAACAUGAAGACCAUCACUUACACUUAUGAUGUGACGGCCUACUUAUCAUUUAUACGGGGUCAGCUUGAAAAUGCGGAAAAACUUUUUAGAGCAACAAUGAGUUACUUGCUUGGAGGGGCCAUGCAACAGGAAGACAAUGCAAUAAUAGAAAUCUCUCUAAAGCUGGCCACUAUUUAUACUGCUCAGAAUAGACAGGAAUUGGCUGUUGCUGGCUAAUUCUGCAUUUCAACUCUAGAGGAAAAAAUUGAAAGAGAAAAGGAAUUAUCAGAAGACACUUUGUCAGUGGAAGAGAAAGCCAACACCCAUCUCCUCUUGGGCAUGUGCCUAGACACCUGUGCCAGCUACCUUCUGUUCUCCAAGCAGCCAUCACAGUCACAGAGGAUGUAUGAGGAAGCUUUACAGAUCUCUGAAGAAAUACUAGGAGAAAGACACCCACAGACCAUCAUGCUGCUGAGUGACCUGGCCACCACCCUGGAUGCACAGGGCCGCUCUGACGAGGCCUGUGUUCACGCACAGAGGGUGUCAGACCUGGCGAGACAGGCGGAGCACCCUGAGCUCCAAGUGCUGCUCAGUAAUCUGGCUGCAGCCCUGACGCACAGAGCACGAUAUGCACAAGCAGAAGAGAUCUACCAGGAAGCACUGAAGCGAGCAAAGCUGAAAAGAGAUGAGGUUUCUGCGCAGCACAUCAGGGAAGAGCUGGCUGAGCUUUCAGGAAAAAGGAGACCUUUGUCGUAA